AUGGCGAUCAGAAGAUUCACUCCUACUUUGAAAGAGCUGUACAAUGAAGUUUCUGCAAAAGGUGACCUGGAGAUAGUGUAUGUGACAGCUGAUAAAGAAGAAGAUGGCUUCGAAGCUUACUUUUCCAAGAUGCCAUGGCUUGCAAUUCCAUUUUCUGAUUCAGACACACGCAAUCGCCUGAAUGGAUUGUUGAAGGUGGGAGGGAUUCCCCAGCUUAUAAUCCUUGAUGAGAAUGGGAAAGUGGCCACUGAAGAUGGAAUCUCGGUUGUACUUGAGUAUGUAGCCGAAGCAUACGCUUUUACAACAGAAAAGAUCAGAGAGUUGAGAGAGCGAGAAGAUGAAGCCAGGAGGAACCAGUCCUUGAGGUCUAUUUUGGCCUUCAAGUCACGUGACUUUGUUAUAUCUUCUGAUGGAAACCAAGUACCUGUGUCUGAACUUGAGGGGAAGACAAUAGGUCUGUAUUUCUCUGCUUUUUCAUACGGAACAUCUGCUGAGUUUACCCCAAAGCUUGUGGAGGUCUAUGAGAAGCUGAAAGCAAAGGGAGAAAACUUUGAGAUCGUCUGGAUAUCUGUUGAUGAUGAAGAAGAAGAAUCGUUCAACCAAGCACUAAAAAGUGUUCCCUGGUUGGCAUUGCCGUACAAGGAUAAGAUCUGUGUGAAGUUGGCUCGUUACUUUGAGCUGUCUGCUUUGCCCACUUUGGUCAUUAUUGGGCCAAAUGGAAAGACCCUUCAUUCCAAUGUGGUCAAGACCAUUAAAAAGCAUGGUGUUUCUGCAUACCCUUUUACUCCUGAGAAGUUUGCAGAGCUCUCUGAGAUAGAGGAGGCCAAAGAGGCUGCUCAAAUCCUAGAGGCAGGUACCAAGGAAGAAGAAGAAGAGAAUCAGAAAGAUGGGUGGGAUUGUGAUGGAAAAGUCUGCUCUAAAGCCUGA